CCAAACCACAUAAAUUGCUCAAAACGACAAAGUUUAGCACCAAAACGACGUCGUCUCGAAUCUACUGAAACGUGACGAAUCAUCUCCUCCUCCUCAUCAUUGAAUACAAAAUUGGAGAAAACCUAUCCACUCCAAUGGUGGAUUGAACUUCAAUUUAAUUAAUUAUUUUAUUAAUUGCACUCAAUCCUCAUCAGCUGCAGAAAUACAGCCCCUCUUUCUUUUGCCCAAUAAAAAAAGGUUAAACAAUUUAAACACUCUUCUUCGCCAACGAUGGCUUCUAUAACAACACCCAUCUCGCAAUCCCAAUUCAAGAAACCUCAGCUAUCGAUCUUGAAAACGCCCAAAUCCCAAUUUUUGUCGCUGCCCAUGUCGAGUUUUGCGCCGGUGAAGAAGGCGGCGGCGAGGAUGGUGGUGGUUUCAGCCACGACGGCGGCGGAGAAGCCGAAGAAAAGGUACCCCGGCGAGGCGAAGGGUUUCGUGGAGGAGAUGAGAUUUGUGGCUAUGAAACUUCACACAAAGGACCAAGCUAAGGAAGGAGAGAAGGAGCCAAAGGGUCAACCUAUUGCUAAAUGGAACCCUAGUUUUGAGGGUUACUUGCAGUUCUUGGUUGACAGUAAGCUGGUUUACGAUACCCUCGAGCGGAUUGUCGACAAAGCCGCGUUUCCCGAGUAUGCAGAAUUCAGGAACACGGGGCUAGAGAGAUCGGAAAGUCUAGCGAAAGAUCUCGAAUGGUUCAAGCAACAAGGCCACGGGAUUCCGGAACCUUCUUCUCCCGGGAUUAGCUACGCCGAGUACCUCGAGGAGUUGUCUGAGAAAGAUCCUCAGUCUUUCAUUUGCCAUUUCUAUAACACGUACUUCGCCCACACGGCAGGUGGCAGGAUGAUUGGUAGAAAGGUAGCGGAGAAGAUUCUCGAUGGGAAGGAAUUGGAGUUCUACAAAUGGGAUGGUGAGCUGUCGCAACUAUUGCAGAAUGUCCGAGAUAAGCUCGAUCGAGUUGCUCAAAGCUGGAGUAGGGAGGAGAAGGACCAUUGCCUAGAAGAAACUGAGAAAUCAUUCAAGUUUUCGGGGCAAAUUCUUCGUCUCAUACUUUCUUGAUGCGGGCCCCCGACACCCCACCCCCCGUUUUAUUUCGUCCACGUCUAUUUUAAGGUUGUAACUUGUAAGUUGUAAUUACUCUUAAAUUUCCCGAACCCCGUUCAAGAUUCCGUUUCUUGUGUACAUAAUUUUACUCUGUUUUUUAUUUAUGAUUAAACUUUGUGCCUGUUGAUUAUUACCAUA